AUGGCGGGAUUCGUAAGCAAGAUUAAGGACAAGGUUCAUCGCCGCUCCGGCAGUAACACGUUUGAGGGGGCGACAAAGCUCUCGACAGACACGAGCACGGGUAUUAGCGAAGAGGCUGCAGGGGUGUCGUCAGAACAUGUUGCACCUCCUGCAGGACGCACCUACGUAUCCGUUGGCAACUCGGCUUUCCACGUUCAUCGAGGGCAUGCAAGCGGGAACUCUCUAGAUGUUAACUCUGGAGCACUGGCACCUGGGCCGUCCCAAGCUGACGCCACAGAACACCAUAGAAGGGGGUUGAGUCUAGAAGAUGGAGAGGCCAGAGUAGGAGACAUAAUCCCGGAGCGAGCCUCUUCUAAACAUGGCACUUCUAUCUCAAACGGCGCACAUCACACGAGGAGCAAGACUCUAGAGGAGCUGUCACCAACCGUCGAGCAAAGUGCCAGCAGCCAAGCCUUGCGGCCUCGUUCUCAAGGCACUACCACUGCUAAAAAGUCAACACCACGCAAAGUACCCACUCAACUCAUUCCCGAACGCGUUUCUUCUCAACACGUGGCAUCGUUGGAUCUAGAUAUGCAUUCACCCCAUCGAAGAUCACUGUUUGGUCAUCAUGCCUCCAAGUCGCUCGAUACGAACAAUCAACCCCUGCCACCAUUGCCGAAUAGCAGCUCUUCGACCCAGCGAGACAUGAACGGCUUACCGUCGCAGGUAGGAUCGACCACUCCUCGAGCUUCGUCCGAAUACCCUCCUCGACGAGAUUCUCUACCCCGAAAGCCAUUGCCCAGCACACCUGGGAGGAAAGUUGCGGCUCCAGCCGAGACAAGAGGCAAGGAGAAUGUAGACCCAACAACCACGGGUGAUCUGGUCCAGUCUGCCGGACUAGCCAACAUGUACUUGCAACAGCCGAAGCAGCGUGAUGUCGUUGAACAUGCUGCCAAGGAGAGAAUACUUAAGUCUGGAGAUCUUAGACUGCCCGCGGGUUUUGAUCUGAGAGAUUCGGUACGCACAACCGUGACUGAGGAACAAAGACCAGCAGUGGUGUAUGAGACUGUUGUCAAUCAGCGACACGAGAUAAUACAACAGGCCAUCUCACGCGACAUUCAUAUUCAUCACUACUUUACAUACGAACAACCCAUCAAGGUUGUCGAGGUUCUACCUGCUCGCCACUUCCACCUAGAUGUAAAGACAGGCAUUAAGACCGAGAUCGAAGCACCAGUCGGAUGGCAGAUGCCUGCCAACCUGACUCCUCGUUCCCCUGAUGCCAGUGUUCUUACGGCGUAUGAACGACACUACGUGGUCGAUGAGCAAAACCCGACAGGCGCGUUGGAGGCACCUCCUCUGAAACACGAGCUUGGUUACGACAACCUGCGAGAUGGGGCCGUUCGAGGUGCAAGAUAA